GAAAUCGAAAUGAGAGCUCGCGAUUCUUCAGAUAAGAAUCUGUGAACACAGGGAGAAGAACCAGAAGCAGAAGAAGAAGAAGAAGAUGCCGUGCCUUAACGUUUCCACCAAUGUCAACCUCGAUGGUAUGGACACCUCCUCCGUUCUCUCCGAGGCUUCAUCCACCGUUGCCGAGAUCAUCGGCAAACCAGAGGCUUAUGUGAUGGUUGUGCUGAAGGGAUCAGUACCCAUGUCAUUUGGUGGCAGUGAGCAGCCAGCAGCUUAUGGUGAGUUGGUGUCCAUUGGUGGCCUGAACCCUGAUGUCAACAAAAAACUGAGCGCUGCAGUUUCUGAUAUUCUCGAGACCAAGUUGUCCGUGCCCAAGUCAAGAUUCUUCCUCAAAUUUUACGACACUAAGGGUUCCAACUUUGGAUGGAAUGGCUCCACUUUCUAGUUUUUCCAUUCAGCUUGCAGCUGUAAUGUCUUGAACCUCUCAACUCUUAAUAUUGUUAACACUUGCUAUUGUAUGGAGUAUUAUCUAGAUUUUCUGUGGCUUGUGGUUAUGAAUGAUGAUCAUGGGGAGAUGCUUUUUGCCUGCAGCCCUUGCUAUGAUGUAUUUGGUGAGUAAUCAACUGGGAAGAAGUUUUCAUAUAUAGAAUAUGGCCAGAUUUUUCAUUUC